CUCGGGGUCUGACGUCACCGUCCUGCCUGUAGAACCGGGAUGUGAGCGGAGCGGCCGCCCAGCACCGAGUCCGGAACCCAGUCCGAAACCAGGCGUUUCUUCCCGGACCGGAGAGGCGGAGACACCGCCGCCGCGCGCCGGACGGAGCCCCGGACACCGACGCCGAGCGCGAGGCCGAGGCCGCGGGGAGCGGCGACACGUCAGCCCGGUUCCGCUGCUUGUUGUGCUAGCUGACAGCUGCUAGCUGACAGCUGCUAGCUGACAGCUGCUAGCUGACAGCUGCUAGCUGCGGGGCGAAGCAGGUGUGUGUCCCGGGGAGCUGGGAGCUGAAGGGGGCGGAGCCUCCACCCCUGGGCGACGCGGAGUGUUGGAGCGUGAGCUCCGGGCGCCGGCGCCAUGAGCGGCGCGGUUCUGGCCGUGGAGAUGCUGGUGGUGUUCUUCCUGGCUCUGUUCCUGCUGCAUCGCUACGGAGACUUCCGGAAGCAGCAGCGCAUGGUUCUGUUCGGAACGCUGCUGGCCUGGUACCUGUGCUUCCUCAUCGUCUUCAUCCUGCCGCUGGACGUCAGCACGACUGUCUAUAAGCAGUGCCUGAAGGACCAUGAGCAGCAGCGUCCCACCCUCAGCCCCGGACCGUCCAAUCACAGCACGUCCAACUCCACUGCCCCGCCCACCAGCAGCAGUGUGCAGCCGUGCUUCCAGCCCUGGAGCUUCAUCCCGGACGGCAUCCUGCCGGUGUUCUGGAGGGUGGUGUACUGGACGUCCCAGUGCCUGACCUGGCUGCUGCUGCCCUUCAUGCAGUCCUACGCCCGGUCCGGAGGGUUCUCCAUCACCGGCAAGAUCAAGACGGCGCUGAUCGAGAACGCCAUCUACUACGGAACCUACCUGCUCAUCUUCGGCUCGCUGCUCAUCUACGUGGCCGUGCACCCGCAGUGGCACCUCACCUGGUCCCAGCUGCAGACCAUCGGCAUCACGGCGGCCAACACGUGGGGCCUGUUCCUGCUGGUGCUGCUGCUGGGCUACGGCCUGGUGGACAUCCCGCGGUCCUACUGGGACGCGUCCCGGCAGGGACAGCUGCUCAUCAGGACCUACUUCAAGGCCUCCAAGCUGAUGACGGAGAAGGCCGACGCCGAGGAGACGCUGGAGGACGUGAUGGAGGAGGUCAGGAAGGUCAGCGAGUCCAUCAAGUACAACCAUCCUCAUAGGAAGUUCAUCGACACCAUCCUGAGGAAGUGUCCCCUGGACUACCAGGAGAAGAUGGGCAGGAACAUGGACGACUAUGAAGACUUUGAGGACAAACAGAACUGUGACCCGAGUGAGAAGAGCCUGGUGAGACUGCACAAGCAGGUGAGACACACACACACACACACACACACUACAGAGACACACACACUCUGAUACCCCUUUUUCCCA